CGCUGACCCCGGACGCGGCUGGCGGGUCUGUAGCGGCUCUGCUGAGUUUGGGGACUAAGUAGAGUUUAAAUGACCGUAGUUUAGAGUUUAAAUGUCGGAAUAGAAGUGAAAUAAAGGCUGAAUGCUCAGAGGAGUUCGAGUGACGCGGGGAUUCAGGAGCUGCGGGGCUGAAUCUGCCGUUUGAGCUCAACUUACCGCUCCACCUUAAAUGGUGCUGUUACAAUGAGGCGCGGUGGAGGCCAGACUGUGAGAGCUGCGCCAUUUAAGUUCUUCAGUGAUGGCAGCGGUCCGGUUCAUGGUGAUGUUCGAUGAUGAGUCGGUGGACGUCUCGUUCACGGACGGUUCUCGUCUCCAGCUGUCGCCCUGCGGGUCCGAGUACGUUCUGGAGAAAGCUCCUCCUGCUCACCCUCUGCACGAGAGGAGACGAGUGAGACACAGGACAAGGUUCACUAUCAGCGAGUACAGGGCUUUGCUGGUUGAUGCCUUGAACUUCAGGAAUAAGUAUGCAGCGCGUCCGUAUCUACCUGAAGAGCUCAUUCCUGAAGACCAGAAGGAGAAGCUUGGAGCUGAGGUCUCUGAGGUUGAGUGGCCUUCAGCAGACUCCUGCAGCAUUGUCCACAGCUCAGCUGGAGACGUAACCGUGUGUUCGGUGGACGGUCAUGCGCGGCUGGUGCUGUCCACCUGCGGUCAGGAGUUUACAGUGGAGUUCACGUGCAGGAGCAGCCGGAAUGAAGAACGUCCUGAGGAGCCUCAGGGUCUGAGAUCAGCUCCGGCUCCAUCUACAGCGGCCAGGCAUCUGCGUUCAUCAGAGACCGAGGACGCUGCGAGGUCAGCCAGGAGGAUCACACAUACACGUGUGGUCCAGCACCACUCUGGACUUCAUCACCCUCACACCUGGAGAUACCCCCUCUCUGUAGCUCUCAGCCAAUGGGGAGCCCAGAGAGCUCAGUGCAGCGAUGCUAUUGGACAGCAGAGAGGUGCUGGGACAGAGGGGGAAUUAGGCCACGGCCCCACGGCUGUCUCUCAGGCGACAGUGAAGUGUAAUGUUCCUCCUCCUCUCCCGCUGACCUGCCCCUGCCCUCACCAGCACAGGUGGCGGUAUGGCAGCGGAGCUUCUGAUUGGUCAGAACUGGACGCGUCCGCAGAGCUGGUGAAAGUGGUGUGGUGCCACGGAGUCGUCUACCGGGUGAUAGGUGGCGCUGUGCCGGUGGUGGAGGUUUCUCCUGGGGAUGGAUCAGUGAUCAGGUCUAAUGGAGUUCUAGCUGAAUACUUCACCCACUACAGACCCUCGUCUUCUACUACGGUGGAGAGUGUUUACUACCUCAACGGGCUUCCACCUGACCUGCCUGGACAGACCUACUCAAUCAGGAGUGCAGUGACCAGAGCCAGCAGAAUCCUGCAGUGCUACAAACAGGCCAGCACCUCCACCACUCCCAUAAUGCCUCAGUGCUGCUGGAGGAGGGUGGAGGUGAAGGAGUGUGCAGGUGUUGUCUCGGAGUUGCAGGUGGCAGGUACAGGCCAGUUUCAGGCUCUCUCAGAUGGCACUGCCCACAUCACCUUUCUGGAUGGAGUUCAGGUGCAGAUGCUGUGGAAUACACACACACCUACACAGAAGCAGGAGCUUUCAAGUGGAGGGGUGGGGCCGGAGCUGUGCCAGCUCACUCUGCCUGAUGGCCAACAGCACCUGCUGCAGGUAGAAGUGGGUGGAGCCUAUGACAGGUACGUGGCCGUAGCGGGACAGUGGUGUCAGUGGGUGAAGCAGAAUUUACUGAGCACGAGCAACAACGCAGCAGAUUUAUAUGACCGUACUGAACCUCAGACUGACCGGCCAAUAGACAGCAGGUCAGUGCUGACUGAGCUUCAGAAGAUCCGGAGAUUUAACUUUCUCCUGGACAAUAGCUCCAUUCUGAACUCUCCAAGUGACCCGUCUCAGAGUUUCAGGCUGAACUCUGACCUUUCUGACCUCACCAUCACCAACAACAGUGUCUCUGAGGCUCUGCAGAAAACCACCAAAGCCAUUCAGGACAUAAAUGCUCUACUGGCCCAAAAGCACUAAAGACUUCCAGGACAUGCUGUACUGGCCCAAAAUCUUAAAGUGAUCCAGGACAUAAACCCUCUACUGGUCGAAAACCAUUAAAGCCAUCCAGGACCUAAACACCCUCUAAAGACCUUCAGGACAUAAACGCUGUACUGGCCCCAAAGCACAAUAGACAUCCAGGACAUAAACGCUCUCCUGGCCCAAAAGUACUUAAGACAUCCAGAACAGAAAUGCUCUACUGGCCCAAAACCACUAAAACAUCCAGGACAUAAACACUCUACUGGCCCAAAAGCACUAAAGACAUCCAGGACACAAACGCUCUCCUUGUCCAAAACCACUGAAAACAUCCAGGACGUAAAUGCUCUACUGGCCCAAAACCACUAAAGCCACACAGGACAUAAACCCUCUACUGGCCCAAAAGUACUUAAGACAUCCAGGACAUAAAUGCUCUACUGGCCCAAAACCACUAAAACAUCCAGGACAUAAAUGCUCUACUGGCCUGAAACCACUAAACUGGAAUCAUUUAUAGAGGCUUUGGGCUUUAAUGAACUGAAAUCAUCAUAAUUUACUAUUCGUAAACCAUUUGCUCUGUUAAAAUGUGUCUUGGUUUUAAUUGUUGGAUUAAAUUUGUUUUUUUUUUCA